AUGCGCUCACGGCUGUCUAGCGGAGUGAAGGGUGCUCGCUAUUGGCUUUGGAGCUUCUGGAUCCUCCUGACUCUGGUGCUCCUCUGCGACACUGGGGAGAAGGAAGGAGAUCGCCUCCUGGGAGUCUCAGCACUUGCUCUGCAAUCCGUGAAUGAGAAGCUGGACAGCCUGUAUUGGAGCCUCAAAUCAGCUGGCUCCAGCCUCAGGUCUGAAGCAAAGCCCCAGCAGCAGCAGGAGGAGCAGGGCAGCAUUCUUGAUGUCAAGGAAGAGGAGAAGGAAGAGAAAGAGGUCUUUCAAGACCAGGUGGAAGAGGAAGAAGAGAGUGAGGAUGAUGAGGAUGAUGAUGAAGAUGAUGAUGAAGAUGAUGAUGAAGAGGAAGACAGAAUGGAGGUGGGGCCUUUCUCUACAGGGCAGGACUCCCCCACUGCUGAGAUUGCCAAGCUCCUGGCCCACAAAAGAGAAGCUCUGCAGGGUUCUGCAUGGCAGGUUAGCUCAGAAGAUGUGCGAUGGGACACAUUCCCCCUAGGCCGAAUGCCAGGUCAGACCAAAGACCCAGCAGAGCUCAUGCUGGAGAAUUAUGACACCAUGUAUCUUCUGGACCAGCCUGUGCUAGAGCAGCGGCUGGAACCACCAAUGUGCAAGACUGGCACCCUGGGCCUGACCUGUGGUGUUGGCAGUGGCAACUGCAGCAACAGCAGCAGCAGCAACUUUGAAGGCCUUCUCUGGAGCCAGGGGCAGCUGCAUGGGCUCAAAACUGGCCUGCAGCUCUUCUGAUGCCAGCCCUGGUGCAAGUGUUCAUCCAGCCCUGCCAGGGCAACAGCCCAUGCCCCAGUGUACCUGAUGCUCCCUGAGACAACCUGAGAGACAACCCGGAUCAGCCACAUCAACGCAGCUUUCCACCACAGUGGAAUUUUGAAUGUCUUUUGGGUUUGUUUUGUUUUGAAAAACAAUAAACAGGUAAUUGUCAAAAAAAAAA